AUGUUUGGCCUAACUCGGUGUCGGCAGCUGCACGUCACUGCUGAACAGGUGGCGGCGGUGGUGCGGGCGAAGCUUGGCGGCAGCCCGGCGGUAGAGAACACACUUCUCGUUGAUGUUCGCUCCACAGGUGAAGUUGCAGCCACGGGUGUGAUUCCAACCGCAGUGAAUAUACCACUCAAGAUGCUCGACGUAGUUCUAAGCGAUGACGUGGACGAGGAAGAGUUUGUGGAAACAUUUGGUAUUCCAAAACCGCAAAAGGGGAUAACGCAAAUGGUCUUCUACUGCGCUCACGGUGUGAGAUCAUCUAUAGCAACAGAAAUCGCAGAGGGACUGGGUUACAGCGGCACAAGAAACUUUACAGGGAGUUUUUCUGAGUGGCAAGACUCCUACGGUAAAUCCAUUCCAGCUGAGAGUAAAACAACACAAAAAAAUCCGUAA